UUUCCGGUGUCAUGGCCGCUUCCUGAAAUCUGAAGCUGAACUUUCGAUUUAUUAAAAACCCCGCAGUCAUGGCCACGUUUUUCGGAGAGGUGCUGUCGGUGUUUUCUCGGGCUGUGGAGGACGAGGAGGAGGAGGAGGCAGAGGAGAACGAGGAAGAUGAACAAAUCCGCAGAGAGCUGGAAGAAAAGAGGGAGGUUCAUCUCCACUGGAGCCCUGAAGUCUCGGAGUCUCUGGCGUCUGGAAACAAGCUGCAGUGCUCAGACUUCAUCCUCGCCGUGGGACCCAACGCUGCCAGGUUCCUGUCAGUGUACGUCCUCGCCUCCGCAAACUGGAACGCCGUCGGCCGUGCAUCGGUGUGGAACGAGAGGAGCCGGGCGGCAGCCGGCCAGAGCGGCGAGGAGGCGGCGGCCUGCGUCUUCUACAGGCACAAAGAGCAGCCGUCAGUGCUGGUGUGCCAGGUGACGUGCCACGUUGCAGAGGAUCAACUGUUUCAGUGGACUGAGAAGGUGCUGGACUGUCUGCAGCACCGACAGCUGAGCGUGACCGUGCUGUCAGACGGCUCCCUGGCCGACUACAAGACUCCCGACUACCUGAGCGGCAGCUCCGCCCCCUUCCUGCGCUCGCUGCACACCGCCGCCUUCAGCGACCGGCCCGUCUGCCGCUCCCUGGAGCAGCCCAACAUCGUCACUGGCCUCGCCGCCGCAGUGCUGAACCACUGCCAGGUCCACCGCAUCGCCGCCAUUGUUUACCAGUGCUACAGCGACGUUGCGGGGCCCGACUCGGUCACCAUGGAGACGUACAAGCCCGCGCUGACCAAGCUUGGCAGGUCGCUGCAGCUGGACCUGUCUCCAAACUCAGACGUGCUCCGCAAGUUUACCAGAAGCACCGAGAUCCAGAGCAAUCUUUAUAUCUGAGAGGACCCUUGUUGUGUACCGUGUGUCAAAUUCCUGUCAUAGAAUACUGUCAUUUUUAAAAAAUAAAGUUCAAAUAUAGACUU